CCCCUCCAAAUUAUUGGAUUUAGGUGUUCCAAUCCCCUCCAAAUCAUUGGAUUCAGGUGUUCCAAUUCCCUCCAUGGCCACAGGUGUAUAAAAUCAAGCACCUAGGCAUGCAGACUGCUUCUACAAACAUUUGUGAAAGAAUGGGUCGCUCUCAGGAGCUCAUUGAAUUCAAGCGUGGUAUCGUGAUAGGUUGUCACCUGUGCAAUAAGUCCAUCCAUGACAUUUCCUUGCUACUAAAUAUUCCAAGGUCAAUGUUAGUGGUAUUAUAACAAAGUGGAAGCAACUGGGAACAACAGCAACUCAGCCA